AUGGCCGACGAUAAGGCCAAAUCGGGAGCUACUGAAACCUCCAACCAAUCGGGGCAGACAACAGCAUCUUCCACACACCACAACCCCGGAGCUGAGGCGCUGCGCAAGGCGUAUGCCAAGUACAACGUCCAACCGACUGUCUCCAACCCAGCCGGAGUCCACCACAAUGUGGACCAGGCUCCAACGGACGGCGCGACGGGGGCCAAGGACAUACCGACGCAAGAGAGCGGUGGUGGAGAAAAGAAGUAA